UGUUGCUGUUAACAACGGUCUCACGGCGGACCAUGGAGCCGCAAGGAGCCGGAGGGCGCAAGCCUCGAAACUUUAAUCAAGUGAUGCAGGACAGCGAACAGGAAAUUGAUACUUUGCCGCUUACAUUAGAAAAGUUACGUGGAUUGUCUGAAGAAGAUAAAACAGAAAAUGCCAUGUUACGAUCUAGGAUAGAUCAACAGUCACAGCUCAUCUGCAUACUAAAACAGCGGGCUGAUGAGUUCAUUCGGCAUUGUCAAGCAUUGGAAAGAAUUAAUGCUGAGCUGGAGAGCCAGUGUGAGGACUUGAAGCAACAACUGCAGGGUGAAGUAAAGUUGUCAGCUCGGCUGGAAGAGCGAUUCAUGGAUCUGGCAUUAAACCACCAAGAAAUUAUCAAAUUUAAGGAUGAAUAUAAGAGACAGAAUUUGGUGCUUAGUGAGCAAAAUGAAAAUCUUAAGAGAGAAAAUGAAAAUCUUUUUCGUCGAGCCUUGCAGGAGAAGGAUGACCAAAUAUUGAACCUGUCCAAUAAACUAGAAGAAUGUUCGAAACAAUGCAACAUGCUGGAACGAGAAUGCAAGCAAAUGACAAUGAAUUUGCGAACAACAGAAAGUGAAUUUUUAGACAAACAAGCGAAGACAGAGAAGUCUUAUCUAGAUGAAGUGCAGUCUCUGAAGGCAAAGCUCAAAGAAGCAGAAGAUAGAUGUAAUGUUGCAGAACUGAAACAAAAAGAAGCUGCAGAAAUUAGAAAUCAUGAAGAAACAGAAUUCCAAAAUAAAAUGAUUUUAUUAACACAAGAGAAAGAAGAACUUCUUAAAAUUUCCAUGGAGAGAGGGAAAAUUAUACAGGACAAACAAAAAGAGAUACAACUACUUGAGGAAAAGCUAAAAUUAACAGAAAAUGCAAAGAAAAAUGCAGAAGACAGAUUUCAACAUGAAGCUGCAAUGGUAAAUGAAAGUGCAAGAGUCAAAAAGUUAGAGCAGCAGUAUCAUAAAUACGUAAAGAUUUAUACUGACUUGGAAAGAGAAUUUGAAGCAUUCAAAAAGCACAGCAAUAACCUACUAACAAAAGAAAAGGAACUUAAUGCCAAACUACGUCAUCUAACUCAGUGAUGCCAGAUUUCAAUAUGCAUAUUAUAAAAAGGUUGGUUGUUUAUAUCCAGAUGCAAGUAAAAUGAUUUUUAGUGACCUGCUUUUGAAGUGGUUUAUUAUUUUAAUUGAAAAUGCUUAAACAAAUAACCAACUGUUCUGUGGGGACAUCGCUCAUUCUGAUUGUUGCAAGUUGCUUCCAUUGUGAUUGGUUAGUUUAGAAACUGCAGCUGUUUUUCCCAUUGGGUAGCUGCCUGGUUUCCAGUUUCAAAUAUACUGGGUAUUUAGCGAGCAUGUAUGGAAGGUUCUUUCUCUCUUCUUCGGUUUAAGGCAAGCGGUGCAUAUGGCCAUUGGGAAAAUAUGCUCUGCAAUAUGCUUUUAGCUAAGUAUGUUUGUUGAAUAUUCAGUUUUGUA